UUCAUCCAGGCAUCAGAACACAAGCUUUUUGCCAUGAUUCCUUUGUCGUUGGACUCGACCAUUCGUCAGACCAAGUAUCUUCGAUUGGAUUGCUUUGUCGUUGACAGCUUCUUGGACAUCAGGAAUUAUUUGGCAAGCUCUGAGGUCCUUUUUGACCCUUUGCGCUGCCCAGACCUGAUCCUCUACGCACGUGACAAGGACGAACUGCUUCGGCAGCUUCACAGUUGCCAAGCGCCGCAGCUGGAAUCCGUCAGCAAGUUAGUGGUAACCUUUCUGACAUCCUUUGAGAAUGCAGCGUCCAAGAUGCUGACCGGUGAUGAGUACCAGGUUUUCUUCCACCUCUUCAUCCUCUAUGACUGCCUGGUAAAGUUGCAUUACAUCAGAGAUGGUGGUCGGCGUUUCUUGCACCUGCCAAAACAUGUUUUCCGAGUGGUGUCCGAUGAGGUUUGCCACAAAUUGAGAGCUCAGCUGCCUGAUGUACCCACAGAGAGGAGUAAAUGGAGUUUUGAUGGGACAUCUCCAUGGAAUUGCCCCUUUUUGCUAUCAGCAUACCUGCAUCAGUUUCGCACGUGUAUUGCUGCAGAGACGGAUCCGGAAUUGGCUUCCAUGUUUCAAGCCACCAUGGACCCUCUGCAAGUGCCACGAAGCGUGGAAACUAUGCGGUUGAUUCUAGAGCGAGCAGGGGCGACCCAAAUUCAUCAUCAGAUAUUUUGCUGUGUUUCAGAAGGUGGAAUCUUAGACGCUCAUCCUGCACAUGAAAUCAAGAGUGUACUUGAGUUAUAUGGCGAUGGGUUGGAAGAAGCAACAACUCCCCAUGAGAAACAGUGUCUCAAGGUUCCCCUUCCUUUGGAACCUGGUGAAAAGGCGGUCGGAGAGAAAUCGAGCGCAAGAUUUGGUCAAGUUCUGCGUGCUUUGCUAGUGGCCAAGUUCCCGGUCCUUCUGCGAUGCAGAGAUGGAAGAAGGACGGCAGCAGUGGCCACAUUGCUUCGGUUCAUCACAGAUGAAGUAGAAGUGAGUUCCAUUAUGUUGCAAAAGUGGUUGCAAGCUUGGGAUAUGCUGGAUGCUCUGGGCAUGCUUCACUUAUUGCCUUGCGAUGAUCAGUUGAGAACACGAGCCAAUGCAGAGAAGGUCCAUGCAAAGUGGCUCCAAGAGAAGAUCGGCAUGGGCUGUGGCUUAAGCUGGGAGGAGCUUCAACAACUCCGUAUCAAGCUGAGAGGAACUCCGACCAAACCUGUGCCUGUCCAUUUCAGCUUGAUCAAAGGUGAGCCAGACCAGACCUGCCGUGCAUUCACGCAGUCAGAGCUUGUGAUCCUUGAGCAGCAUUUCUUGAGCCCCAAACUUUGGCCAAACUUGAGGCCCAAGGGCGUCUUUGUGACAGGCCUGCCUGGUGCUGGGAAGAGCAGCCUCUUGCAGGAAGUGCUGUCGCACUUGGACAUAGAGCUGCAGGAUGUGGUGAAUCUGGAUGUGGACGAAAUUCGAAGAUUCCAUGGUCAGUACCAGGAGGAAGCCCAGAAACUAUCUUGGUCGGAGCUUGCAGAGCCAGCAGAUGCGAUCAAUUUCCAAUCUUAUCAAGGGCUGGCAGGUUGGUUUCAUGCUGGAGUAGAUGCAGAGAAGAUUCUAUAUCAAGGCCCGAACUCUGUGGUGUCUCAGCUGAUGGGAAAGCGAUGUCAUUUUGUUUUGCCCGGAAUCUUUGAUGAACCGGGGACGUUGGAGUUCAUGCGCUUCGUGGCGAGUGCUGGCUAUGAGGUGCACUUGGUUGGCAUCCAUGUGUCCCCUGAGACGGCGCAGGAGCGGGUGGAGACGCGUGCAGAUAGAUCAGGUCGUGCGAGUCGUGACACGUGUGCGGCCGCCCUGCUCCAGCAGUUUAUGAAGCUUGCGGAUUUCGUCAAGCAGAAAGGUGGCGUGGUCGCCCUUUAUGACAACGAAGCUUCGAACGCUGACAGCUGCCCUUUGCAUCCGCUGUAUUGGAAUGGAGUACUCCGCGAUGCUGAGACCUGCCGCUGGUGGGGUUUGGCCUGACCGACUGCACGGAUUUCCACAGUGACAAAAGGCUGAUGUGGGAACUGUGUGCUUGAAAGAAUGAAACCGGGGAUGCGCAUCUUUCAUGUACCGCUACAUGUGAGGUGCUUUUGAUUUAAGCGUCUUGUGCACGCCCCCGCCUCUCAGCCACCUGUGCUGCCUUAGUAGGUGCCGUAGCCACCUUGUGUUCCGGGCAUUUUGCGAUGAACGGUCCCCCCGACUUGGUGAGACCCUUCCGACUCGUAGCGAUUGCCGCUUUGAGGGACCGUUUUCGUCGAAGUCCAUCGAGUUCCAGUGGAGCGAAGCUUCGAGAGCACAAAAAUGCUCGCAGGCCUAAAAGUUGCUUCACAACGCCACUCACAAGAACUAUAUCAGG